GUUUGAGUGAAGACGGACCAAAUAAACGGUUGCACAGCACGAUGGCGCUGCUCUUGGAUACCAGACUUCUUCUGAGAAAAGUUAAAGAUUUGAGAUGUUUCACGCCAAGACGCAACCGAGUGAAGAAAAAAUGGGCUGCCACACCUACCAAACACCCUCCCACCGGUCUGGCCCUGCAGCACUUUGAUGCCACCUACAGCAGCCAGCUGGGGAAGCUGUGGCCGUCAGUCAGAGUCGCCUUGCUGUCAGAGGGAAAGUACGGAGCCCUGCUCAAUAAUUUCUCUGAUGAUUCUGCUCUGGCACACCUUGAGGCCCAGGGAUGCAGAGACUUCCUCACUGACACAGAAACAGAAGAAUCUGAGGUUGCAGCUGUGGAGGAAUCCAGCAAUGUGUCUAUGAAGGAAUCGGGCAUUGAUGGUCAGCAAGAAACUCCUCUACAGCUCAGUCGUAACAUCAAGUGCUUUGUGUUUCCAAGAGCGGACAUCACAAGAUUCAAGUCUGCUAGACCAGACACGUAUGGGUUGCUGGGUUACUACCUGAUGGACGCAGCGUCUGUGCUGCCUUGUCUCGCACUAGAUGUCCAAGAAGGUCACGCUGUGCUUGACCUCUGUGCUGCUCCGGGAGGAAAGACCCUGGCUUUACUUCAGUCCCAGUCUAUACGUUUUUUGUGUGUCAAUGAUGCCUCAGUGUCUCGGAUGUUGAGACUGAAAAAAGUCCUCCGCAGCUACGUUCCGAAGGAGCUUUUGACAGGCGAAAGACUACGCAUCAGCUCCUUUGAUGGCACCAAGUGGGGGGAAAUCGAAACCAACACUUUUGACAGAGUCCUUGUGGACGUCCCCUGCACCACAGACAGACAUUCACUCAUGGAGAAUGACAACAGUAUUUUCAAUAAGAUCAGGGGCGGUGAGAGACGAAGGUUGCCGCAGCUACAGCUGGAGCUGCUGCUGGCGGGAAUCAUAGCAGCUUGUCCAGGGGGGGAGAUCCUUUACUCCACCUGCACGCUUUCUCAAAUCCAGAACAUGAGUGUGGUGGAACAGGCCAUCGACAUGGCUCGAGAGAACCAUGGCAUUCAGCUUCAGGUUGUCGAUCUGCGACCCCUCACACACAUGUUUAGGAAAACCUUUCACUUUGCUCCUGACCUCCACCUGGGUGAGAUGGUUAUCCCUCACUUGGCUGCUAACUUUGGCCCCAUCUACAUGUGCAAGCUCAGGAGGCUGACGUAGCCUGUGGACUGAUGGACAACUUUGAAUGGACAUUUGAAGGACUGUGUUACAGCUGUAACAACUAAUGAGAUGAUCCUCUUAACUCGUCUUUAUGUAUGAACUGUAGCUAUCGGAUUACAGUUGAAGAAGAACUUUUCAUCACGAUGGUGGACUUUGGAAACACUGGACUACAGUUGGUUAAAUGGACCAUGUCAUUAUUAUUGUGGACAACAAUGAACUACAGUUUAUGAAAAUAAAAAAAACUUUUGUUGCAAUAAA